AAACGGCAUAGUAAAAUUUGUAGUUGCAACAAAAUCAAAUCAAAUCGUUGUAUAGACGAAAACAAAGUUAUAUCAACAAUUUUUUGUGCUUAAAAAGUUUUCUAUCUCGUUUAUUAAAUAAAAGUGAAGAGUAUUACAUAGCAAAUCAAAAUUAAAAUGGCGAACCUACCAUUAAUCUUGAGUUUGGCUGACGAUUUAAGUCGUUUGACACCAUUCUACGAACCGGUGUUCUACAACCGCUGGCCUGCCGUUAGUACUUCACCCAGUGGUCAAUUACGAAAGUUUGAAAAGGAUCUGCCCAUCGCUACUGUGGGAAAGGAUGGAUUCCAAGCCAGUAUGGAUGUGCAGCAGUUUAAACCAAGUGAACUGAGUGUUAAGGUAGUCGAUGACCACAUCGUUGUUGAGGGUAAACAUGAGGAGCGAGAAGAUGACCACGGUUAUAUUUCACGGCAUUUUGUUCGUCGCUAUGCACUGCCAAAAGGCUUCCACGCCGACAAAGUAGUUUCCACACUGUCAUCGGAUGGUGUGCUAACAGUCAGUGUACCAAAACCAGCCAUCGAAAAUAAAUCUAAUGAACGGGUGAUCCAAAUUCAACAGACUGGCCCAGCGCACUUAAACGUAAAGGAGAAUCAAAAAGAGAGUUCUAAAGAAGAAGCUCCAAAGGCCUAAGGCAUUAAACUUUUAUCAUCAAAUUCUUAAGUCAUUCUACUACCCGUUAAUUCAUAGAAUUGUUUCCGUGAAAUAGUUCCAUAGGUUAAUUAAUUUUUAAAAGAAAAAAGAUUUUUUAUAAAUUUGCAAAAAAAUUCUAUUAACUAAAUUAAAUAAAAGAAAGCUUAAGUAAAA